UUUGUGCUUGGAGCGUUUGUGCUUGUAUCUUCGUAUUUUUAGACGCAUUCGAAAAGGAUUACAGUUUUUCCUGCAAAAAUUUACAAAAAGAAGUGAAAUAAAGUGAAAAAAAACUUAAAAUAAAAAAAAAUGGUUGCCAACAUGGAAAACGAGCAUAAUGAUCAAUCGGGACGCCGUUAUCGUACCGCUUUCACUCGUGAUCAACUGUCACGAUUGGAAAAAGAAUUCAGUAAAGAAAUUUAUGUUUCGCGACCCCGUCGCUGCGAACUUGCUGUUCAGCUAGGAUUAUCGGAGUCAACCAUAAAGGUUUGGUUCCAAAAUCGACGUAUGAAGGAUAAACGAGAAAGAAUCGCUGUAACAUGGCCCUAUGCAGCCGUCUAUGCAGAUCCAAAUUUUGCUGCGUCAUUACUUCAAGCGGCUGCAGCAGUGCACUCAGUCAACAUGCCAUAUUAUGCAGCGAACCCAUUAAUUCCUCAAAUGCAAUCAGCGUACACUUGCGGUUACCGAUAUUCACCAUAUCCAAUGCCACAUCGAAACCCAGUGAACAGUAUUCUCCGUCAAUCGAAUUCAUCACCAGAAUCAUUGAUGACAUCGUUUGAUGUCAGAAAAGAUGUUGCACAAUUAUUCAAACCGUAUGAAUAA